UGGGGGUGGCUGGGGUAGACGACAGCUGAGGCAGCAAGCAGUCCUUGGCGCUGUCGCUGCCACGGUGCUGAGCAUGGUUCUGAGUCCACCAGCUGUGUUGCCUCCCCUGCCCUGAGGCUGCUCCGGGUGCCCUGGCUGCCGAAGCGUCCGGAAGCCUCUCUUCGCCACGGAGACGGCCUUACAGUCCCGGAUGCGUCCGGAGGGCGCGAGAAUGGAUCUUGGCGGCGGCGGUGGGGAGCGCCUGCCUGAGGAGAGCAGGAGAGAGCACUGGCAGUUGCUGGGUAAUUUGAAGACUACUGUGGAGGGUUUGGUGUCAGCCAACUGCCCCAAUGUCUGGUCCAAGUAUGGUGGCCUGGAGCGGCUUUGCAGGGACAUGCAGAGCAUUCUGCAUCAUGGACUCAUCAACGACCAGGUCUGUUGCCGCCAGGCUGAUUACUGGCAGUUCGUGAAAGACAUUCGGUGGCUCAGUCCACACUCGGCCCUUCACGUUGAGAAGUUCAUCAACUUGCACGAGAAUGGCCAGAGCAAUGUUGCCGGAGUGAGUGAGCGCGCUGUUGCGGAGCUGUGGCUGCAGCACAGCCUGCAGUGCCAUUGCCUCUCAGCCCAGCUCCGGCCUCUGCUCGGGGAUAGACAGUACAUCAGAAAAUUCUACACAGAAACUGCUUUCCUGCUAAGUGACGCCCACGUCACAGCCAUGCUCCAGUGCCUGGAAGCAGUGGAACAGAACAACCCCCGUCUCCUGGCUCAGAUCGAUGCAUCUAUGUUUGCCAGAAAGCACGAGAGCCCACUGCUGGCUACAAAGAGCCAGAGCCUGACAGCUCUGCCCGGCUCCACAUACACCCCUCCAACCAGCUGUGCUCAGCAUUCCUGCUUCGGGUCCUCCUCCAGCCUUCACCAGUCCGUGCCCAACCACAGCUCAGAGAGAAGAUCUACUUCCUUUUCACUCUCUGGCCCUUCCUGGAAACCUCAAGAAGACAGAGAGCCCCUCUUACCAGCAGAGCCUCAGACCGCCAAAGCUCCACUACUUCCAGACUCGGCCCUAACCCAGGAUUCCCCACUGACCCCCCAUGAAAUGAGCUCCAGCACUCUGACUAGCCCCAUAGAGGUAUCCUGGGUCAGCAGCCAAAACGACUCCCCAAGUGAUGCCAGUGAGGGACCCGAGUACCUGGCCAUCGGCAACCCAGACCCCCACGGCCGGACUGCCAGUUGUCAGAGUCACAGCAGCAAUGCCGAGAGUAGCAGCAGCUCCUCACACUUGUUCUCCUCCAGUAGCUCUCAAAAGCCGGAUUCUGCCGCCUCUUCUCUAGGGGACCAAGAGGCGGGUAGGCAGAGCCAGCCAGGCAGUGUCCUUCGCAGGUCCAGCUUCUCAGAAGGGCAGACAGGCCCUGUCACCAACGGGUCAAAGAAGAGCCACAUUCGCUCCCAUUCGGAUACCAACAUCGCCUCCAGAGGAGCCGCAGGAGGCCCCAGGAAUAUCACCAUUAUAGUUGAAGAUCCCAUUGCAGAGGGUGGUCAGUACCUGUGCUCAGGAGAAGGCAUGUUGAGAAGGCCAUCCGAAGGACAGUCCCUCAUCAGUUACCUCUCAGAGCAAGACUUCGGCAGCUGUGCAGACCUGGAAAAGGAGAACGCCCACUUCAGCAUCUCGGAGUCCCUGAUUGCCGCCAUCGAGCUGAUGAAGUGCAACAUGAUGAGCCAGUGUCUAGAAGAGGAGGAAGUAGAGGAGGAAGACAGUGACAGAGAGAUCCAGGAACUGAAACAGAAGAUCCGCCUCCGGCGCCAGCAGAUCCGCACCAGAAACUUGCUCCCCGCGUACCAGGAGACUGAGCAUGGAAGCUUCCGGGUCACCUCCAGCAGCUCCCAGUUCAGUUCCCGUGAUUCUACCCAAUUCUCGGACUCUGGCUCUGCUGAGGGUGCUGAUGAACUCGAAGUCCACGAUGGUAGUGAAGGCUCUAGCCCGACUCGCAUGUCAAAGAGUGGACUCUCAGUGUCUGUGCCCUCACUGUGCUCAGAUGCUGACAUCCGGAGGAGUACAGUCUCAAACGGCAAGGCAUCCUUCUCCCAGAACUUCUCCCAUAGCUUCCUACACUCCACAUCGGCUGAGGCAGUCGCCAUGGGGCUUCUGAAGCAGUUUGAAGGGAUGCAGCUCCCAGCCGCCUCAGAGCUAGAGUGGCUGGUGCCAGAGCACGACGCCCCACAGAAGCUCCUGCCUAUCCCCGACUCACUGCCCAUCUCACCAGACGAUGGGCAGCAUGCGGACAUCUACAAGCUGCGUAUCCGUGUCCGUGGCAACCUGGAGUGGGCUCCACCCCGGCCUCAGAUUAUUUUCAAUGUUCAUCCAGCCCCAACAAGGAAGAUCGCUGUGGCCAAGCAGAAUCACCGCUGUGCGGGAUGUGGCAUCCGGACCGAGCCUGAUUAUAUCAAGCGGCUGCGCUACUGUGAGUACCUGGGCAAGUACUUCUGCCAGUGCUGCCAUGAGAACGCCCAGAUGGCCGUCCCCAGCCGCAUCCUGCGCAAGUGGGACUUCAGCAAGUACUACAUCAGCAACUUUUCCAAGGACCUGCUCAUCAAGAUCUGGAACGACCCUCUCUUCAACGUGCAGGACAUCAAUAGCGCCCUCUAUAGGAAGGUCAAGCUGCUCAAUCAAGUCCGGUUGCUGCGGGUUCAGCUGUACCACAUGAAGAACAUGUUCAAGACAUGCCGACUGGCCAAAGAGCUUUUGGAUUCCUUUGACAUAGUUCCAGGCCACCUGACAGAGGAUCUCCACCUGUACUCACUGAGCGACCUGACCGCAACCAAGAAGGGGGAACUGGGGCCGCGGCUGGCUGAGCUCACCAGAGCAGGAGCUGCCCACGUGGAGAGGUGCAUGCUGUGCCAAGCCAAGGGCUUCAUCUGUGAGUUCUGCCAGAAUGAGGAUGACGUCAUCUUUCCUUUUGAGCUACAUAAGUGCCGAACCUGCGAAGAAUGUAAAGCGUGUUACCACAAAGCUUGCUUCAAGUCUGGACGCUGCCCCCGGUGUGAGCGGCUGCAGGCCCGGCGGGAGUUGCUAGCCAAGCAGAGUCUAGAGUCCUACCUGUCUGACUAUGAGGAGGAGCCCACGGAAGCCUUGGCUCUAGAGGCCACCGUCCUGGAGACCACCUGAGGGACGCACCUAAGCCCUUUGUCUAAGGGCCUGGCGAGGGCAGAUACAGAACUGAGCCACGCCUUCAAGGAAGGCGAGGUCUUUUAAAAUAUAU